AUGGCGAUCGGCAGCAUGCUCAGCCGGAAGCGCAAGCCACUCUACGCCGCGACGGAGGUCUUCAACGUCUGCCCGGAGCGUGCGCGGGAGGCCGUUCGAAAGCGCUUCCAGUCGGAGCUCGUCGCGGUCCGUCGCCUCCUCGAGAAGGCGGUCGCCCUGCCGGUGCCGGUGCCACGAUCGGAGGAACCUCCUGCCAAGAGGAGCAAGGAGGCAUCUACAGCUCCCGUGGUCAUCGCACGAAAGAUGAUGGCCGAAGAGGAGGACGACGUUGACAUCCCUGGCGGCGCCUCCCCCAUGGCCAUCGCACUCGCGCCGCCGCGGCUGCAGCCCGCCGAAGACAAGGGCGCGCGGGAGCUUGUUCGGCAGCGCUUCCAGUCGGAACUCGUUGCGGUCCGUCGCCUUCUAAAGAAGGCGGCCGCCCUGCCGGUGCCACGAUCCGAGGAACCUCCGGCCAAGAGGAACAAGAAGGCAUCGACCGCUCCCGUGGUCGCGCCUAAGAUGAUGAUGGCCGAAGAAAAGGAAGAAGACGAGGACGAGGACGAGCACGUGGACAUCCGCGGCGACGCGUCACCGGAGAAGAUGCCGAAAUGUCUCGGCGAUGACGCAGCCAUCAGCGGCAGCCCUAGCUCGAGCAGCAGCAGCGGUUGCGAUUCGGACUCAGACUCAAGCAGCGAUUCUGACACUGAUUCAGAAUCAGAGAGCGUCGACAAGGCGGAAGAGGACGUGGAAAAGGAGGAAGAAGUUGACAGAUGUGGUGGCGUCUCCCCCAUGGUGAUCGUACCUGCGCCGCUGCAGCUCGCUGAGGACGACGACAUGGACAUCUGCGGGGACGCGUCACCGGUGGUGUUGCCGAAGAAUCUUGGCGUUGACGCAAUCAUCAGCGGCAGCCCUAGCUCGAGUAGCAGCAGCAGCCCUAGCUCGAGCAGCAGCAGCAGCGACUCGGAUUCAGACUCAGCAAGCGACGGCAGCAGUAGUUGCAGCAGCAGCAGCAGCGAUUCAGAUGACUCCGAUUCAGAUGAAACCGUCGACGGCCCAGCUCCGGCAGAGCGUACCGCCACGCCUCCAAGAACCGUGCUGGUCGCCCGUGCCAUGGAGUCCCAGGAAAAGCAGCUGAAGGAGGCGAGAUCGAGGGCAAGGGAGAAGGCCCGGCAGGAGGUGCUGAAGACGGAGAGGACGGCGAUGCCCGACAGUGAGAGGGUACACCGGACGGUCUUCAAGAGUCUCGAUAUUAAAGAGUACAACGUGGCGAUGCCAGAAAACGUGUUGCAUCAGCUUGGGCUCUUCCUCAAGCCUGAUGACGACGGCGAUCAGGAGGAGGAGCUGCAUCGUCAGAGCUUCGAAGAAGACUUGGAGGAAGGCGAGAUUCGGCUCUGA